AGAGAGAGAGAUCAACCGCUUUUUACCCGCAAAACGUGUGGAAAAUAAAAAGACUCCCUGAAUUCUCGCGUUCCGCUUCGAUCAAUUCAACAAAAAUAGAAUAAAAAUAAAAAAUUCUAUUAUUUUCAUUCCCUUCUUCAUUAUCAGAAAAAAGUUAAAAAAAAAGGAAAAACUCAGAUUCGUUAAUUUUUUUCGUUUGCAAUAACCAUAAGCUGUUUCCAACAUGUAGAGGCCCCUCCCUUAUACUCCUUUGAAUAUUUUGUUUAUUUUCUGUUACGAUCACAACACCAUGGAAAGCAUUGCCGCGCAAUUGAAGCGCGGCAUCUCGCGGCAAUUCUCGGCGGGGUCUUUACGGCGGACCCUGAGUCGUCAGUUCACGCGCCAGGCCUCGCUGGAUCCGCGGCGGAACAACCUCCGUUUCAGCUUCGGCCGACAGUCUUCUCUCGACCCGAUCCGACGGAGCCCCGUCGAGGACGAGGCUGAGCUCACGGUGCCGGAGAACCUUGACUCCACGAUGCAGCUGCUGUUCAUGGCGUGCAGGGGAGACGUUAAGGGAGUGGAGGAUUUGCUCAAUGAAGGCAUUGACGUCAAUAGCAUCGACCUCGACGGCCGCACAGCCCUCCACAUCGCCGCCUGCGAGGGUCAUGUCGACGUCGCCACGCUCUUGCUCAGCCGCAAGGCUAAUCUCGAUGCACGUGAUCGUUGGGGCAGUACGGCGGCGGCUGAUGCUAAGCAUUAUGGAAAUACGGAAGUUUAUUACAUGUUGAAGGCCCGUGGAGCAAAAGUGCCGAAAACCAGGAAGACUCCAAUGACUGUUGCAAAUCCUCGUGAAGUUCCAGAAUAUGAACUCAAUCCAUUAGAGCUACAGGUUCGGAAGAGUGAUGGUAUUUCAAAGGGAACAUAUCAAGUAGCCAAAUGGAAUGGCACAAAGGUUUCAGUGAAGAUACUUGAUAAGGAUAGUUAUUCAGAUCCUGAUGCCAUAAAUGCUUUCAAACAAGAGCUCACGUUACUAGAAAGGGUACGACAUCCUAAUGUGGUCCAGUUUGUUGGAGCUGUCACCCAAAAUAUACCUAUGAUGAUUGUUAGAGAGUACCAUACUAAGGGUGACCUAGCAAGCUAUCUUCACAAGAAAGGGCGUUUGUCCCCAUCAAAAGUUCUACGGUUUGCUCUUGAUAUUGCCAGGGGCAUGAAUUAUCUUCAUGAAUGCAAACCAGAUCCAAUUAUCCACUGUGAUUUAAAGCCAAAAAAUAUUUUGCUGGAUAAUGGAGGCCAACUGAAGGUAGCUGGAUUUGGCAAUGUGAGAUUGUUUCAAAUCUCACCUGAUGAAGCACAGCUGGUACAGCCGGAGUCUAACAUCGACCUUUCAAGCUUGUACGUGGCACCAGAGAUUUACAAAGAUGAAGUAUUCGAUAGAAGUGUGGAUGCAUAUUCUUUUGGUCUAGUUGUAUAUGAGAUGAUAGAGGGUAUACACCCAUUCCAUCCCAAGUCCACGGAGGAGGCUGUGAAACUGAUGUGCUUAGAAGGGAAAAGACCACCAUUCAAGAUCAAAACAAAAACUUAUCCCCCGGAAUUGAAAGAGCUGAUUGAGGAAUGCUGGGAUCCAGAACCUGUUGUCAGACCAACAUUUUAUCAGAUCAUUGUACGGUUGGACAAAAUUGUUGCAAAUUGCUCAAAACAAGGAUGGUGGAAAGAUACUUUUAAACUUCCUUGGAAAUAAAUAACAAGGGAGGUCCAGUCUUAUCAAGGAAGAUAUAAAGAUCGGGGUUGCAGCCUGAAAACCAAAUUGUGAGCAUCAUGUUGGUGUACUUUUAAGUGAUUAUAGCCAUUGCAAAUAACUACGAAACUCAUAAUAUUGACUUGGGCAUGGAUUUGAGCAUGAAAAUGAAUUUUCCACGGUUCCACCUUUGUCCGCUGUCCACUAGAGGGUGUGUAACAGCUCCUCUCUGUAAAAUGUACCAUAAGUCACCAUUACGUCUUGGAACAUUUAUUCUCGAAAAUUUUCUAAUAAACAAUGUAUUUUCUAUACUUAUUAAUCGACUAUCAUGUGCCGCAAGGUAGAAACGUGUACUAUU